GUUCCCAUAGUGCAUUGCGCUGAUACGGUGCGUUACAGCGCAACGGUCUGAAAGCUGACGUAGACGUGUCUGCAACAACUGCUGAAAUAACUAGCUGCGCAAGUCUUUGUCGUGUUAAAGACAUUUUGAGAAAUCAACCAUGAUGAUCCGAAUAGCCGCGUUUCUUGCUCUUGUCUGCUUGUGCACCGGUGAGAGCUGUUCAGACCCAGUGAUCACCCCCUCUGCCUACACCACCUCUGAUGCCGUCAUCUCCUCUGAGUCUGUCUUUAUCGUGGAGCUCAGCCUGGCCUGCGCCAAUGGAGCCCAGAGUGUGGCUCUGUAUGCUGACGUCAAUGGCAGACAGUUCCCCGUGACCAGAGGCCAGGAUGUCGGCAAGUACCAGGUGUCCUGGAGCAUGCCCCACAAACAGGCCAGCUCCGGUACAUACCAGGUCAAAUUCUUCGAUGAGGAGUCCUAUAGCUCUUUGCGCAAGGCCCAGAGGAACAAUGAGGAUAGUGACUCCAUCCAGCCUCUCUUCUCUGUCAACGUGGAUCACAGGGGUGCAUGGAACGGCCCGUGGGUGGCUACUGAGGUUAUGGCUGCUCUCAUCGGUAUCCUGGUCUACUACCUGGCCUUCAGCGCUAAAAGCACCAUCCAGGCAUAAAGGACUGCAAGUCCCACAGUUCUCUGCAACUGGAACUCUAAAAGACUGUUGAAUUCUGGUGUGAUUUUUCUACUAAUCCAGAACAACAAUUUGCCACCAUCCAUUUCGAGAUGCGGAACUAGUUGUUUUAUAUUUUUUAUUUAAAAAAUUUUAAGCAGAAAAAGCUAUUGCAUUUUGUCAAGUUGUGGUAAAAAUUGCACACCUCAAUCAAACCCGAUGUACCCCACUAACUGAAUUGAGCAUGGUCAUUUUGUGUUCAAAAGCAAACCCAGGUCCUGAAAGUUAAAGGACUGUUUCUAUAUGCCAACACUGACUUCCUUUCACAGCCUCAGGCUUAUUGUUUACCUACCGGUGGACUUGGCCUCUGAGAGACAAGAAUAUCUGUCCAUCAUUCUGUGGUCUUUCUUGUGAAGGACCUUCAUUGGUACUGAUACUACACAGUCUAAAAUGACUGGUUCUGUAUCUACAAGAGUCUCAGUAGGAGUGCUCUAGCAAUACUGAUCCUAGAUCGGCACUCAUACGCUGAGAUACUGUGAAUACGGACACUGGUGUUUUAAGAGUCUGAUGCCACUGUGGACUUGGCAGUUGCUGACUGGCUGUGUCUUACCUACAGUACAUGGAACUGUUGCACUGGCUGGCUGAAGAGGCCAAAUAUUCAAGUAUUGGUGAUUAUUUGUGCUUGGUGGUCAAAUGAAUAAAUGGUUUGCUUUUC